AUUCCCGCUUCUGAAAGACUACCCUCCUUCGAAACUUGACCCUACGUAAAACCCUCACUCUUCAUCUUCUCAAAUUAAAAGGACAAAAAAGAAAAAUCCCAAUAAUGUCUUCACCACCAUUGCCAGAAGUGGUGGUGAAGAAUCGAUUUCUAGGGUUUCUGAUAUGGCAAUCCAUUACCUCUUCCGCCGUCUUCAUCCUCUUCAAAACUUUGCUUCUCUCACCUAUCACUUACACUAAUUUAGCACCACCAUCGAUCCUUUCCUUUGUUGCUUUCCUAAUUUUUCACCUCUCGCAGCUCUUCUUCACUGCAUCACUCUCUCUACUCUCAUCUCCCCAGCCCUACUCUCCUGCAUCACCAUUACAGCUCGCCGUCUCUCUCCUCCUUUUCCUUUUCGUCUCCAGCGACUCUUUCUCUUCCCGUGAUUUCCGCCGCCGGGCUAAUCUUUCUCUUAGUUUCUUUUUGUUUCUCGUGGCGGCUGCCAUCUCGGGAUUUCUCUCGGUGAUAUGCUUGUGCGGAUGGGCCAACUAUAGCUCUGAUGGAGUGCAGCUGAUCGGAAGAGUUGGGUUUAGGGGUUUUACUUUUGGAUUGCUCUAUGCCUGCUUUUAUAUUUAUAAGCGGCGAUGGGUUUUGGAGUUUCCCAUUAUUCAGCGGCCCCCUUUCUUCAGCUUCAAAAUGAAUCUUCCUUCAGCCAUUAAACAAGCUUUAAAGCUUUCGAGCACAGCUUACCUAUUUUCAGCAGUGCUGCUUGUGUUUCUUCCAAAUCAGUUUAAGAGUUAUGUAACAAUGAAGAACUUUAUCAUUGAGCAGAUCAUCCUAUACUUUGGGAGCUUUUCUGUGUUCCUCUGUUGGGAAUUAAGUCACCAUUUACAUCAGGUCCUACAUACAAAAAGGUUCAUAUUUGCACCGCCAAAAGGAUCAGCAGCAGCAGAAACAAAUCCCAGUGAGCCACUUCUAUCAGCUUUGGAGGAGAGCAGCCCAGGUUCUCUUCCACAGUUUCUUGCAUAUCUUGAUCUCUGUAUGGUUUGUGAAAAUAAUGUCGCUACUUGGCGUCGAGCUGCAUUCUUUGAAGAAACUGGCGAGACUUACAAAAGAGUUGUAGCUGUAUGUUUGAGGCCUCUUGAGCAGCUUGCUUCUACUUUGGGUAAAGGCUUUGAAACUCAUUCCGAUGAUAAGACUUACCAACAACACAAUCAAUUGCAGUUACAAACUGAUCCGCAACAAGAUUCAAAGUAUUAUGAAGCCCUGAACAACUUCCAGCAAUGUGCAUGGUGUGCCAGGACGGUUGUGUUCUUAACUGCACGCUCACACAAGGAAGAUAGGUUUGGGGUUGCUCAAUUGUCUGGUAGUAACACUGCUGUUAUCUCAACACUUUUAUCUUGCCUGCUUGCUGUUGAAGCAUUGAUGGGGAAGAAGACAAAUGUGCAUACCCCUCAUCAGUUGAUGGGGCCAGGAGGCAUUAAAUGGGCUACUCUAAACACAGGAAGACGAGAUGUUGCAGUGGCUAAAAAGAGAAGUGGCCCAAUAUAUUCAAAGGCAUAUGCCAUGGCUGAUGUGCUGAAGACCUCAAUUUACUGUAUUAUAUCAGCUUUCCAUGAUGAAAUGCUCACUAGUGACAAAGCAGGCCUUCUUGAAAAGGAUUGGCUUAUCAGUGGUAAACCGCAUUUUGGAUCCCGAGAGCUGCUUUUGCAGAAAUUGCAUCUUUUCCUGGAUUUUAGAGCGAGCUAGCUAUCUAGCUACUUGGGUUCAGAGCUGUCUUCCUAGUUUCCCAUUGCUUCAUUCGCGAAGAAAGCAGCAAUUGCAAGAUUUGCAAAUUUUGUCAACCUGGAGACAACUGCAUGGUUGAAAAAGUAAUUUGAUUCUUUUGCUUUGGAGGUUAAAUGAAAGUUUAACUAUAUGUUAUAUUUCGUGAUUAGUAGAUUAUGCAAUCAAUGGGAUAUUAUACAAAUGUUUAGUUGGUUCAAAUGGUGGGAAUAUGAUGGCAACUGGUACGUUGAGAUAAAAUAGGGUGUUUAAAAAUUUUGGUGUAUCAAUUUAUCCACUUUAUCGAGGCAGGUGAAAGGUGAAUGUCGAAAUGACAGUGGACCUUGUGAUGGAGAAGUAUUAGUUUUGAAUACAUCUUGAUUUUCAACAUUUUGUAUUUUUCCAGUGUUGCAGAACGUUCAUUAAGCUGAUAACGUAACCAUGGGAUUGUUCAUUUUC